CAGAAAGACGAAGAAGAAGGAAGGAGGAGCUAAACGAGCUCAGAGAGCUUCGUCUAAUGUUUUCUCCAUGUUCGAACAGACUCAGAUCCAAGAGUUCAAAGAGGCGUUCACGCUGAUCGACCAGAACCGUGACGGGUUCAUUGAUAAAGAGGAUCUGAAGGACACGUACGCGUCUCUGGGUAAACUGGACGUGAAGGAUAAAGAACUGGAGGAGAUGCUGAGAGAGGCUACCGGUCCCAUCAACUUCACCAUGUUCCUCACGCUGUUCGGAGAGAAGCUGCACGGAACGGACCCUGAAGAAACCAUCCUGAACGCCUUCAAGCUGUUCGACCCCGACGCCAGAGGCUCCGUCGCCUCAGACCAACUAAAGACACUACUGAUGACACAAGCUGACAAGUUCACACCUGAGGAGGUGAAGCAGAUGUUCCAGUCGUCUACCAUCGACGCUGGAGGAAACCUGGAUUAUAAGUCUCUGUGUUACAUCAUCACGCACGGCGAGGAGCAGGAGGAGUCCUGAAACUGAUCCUCAUCACAGACCAACGCUUAUGUUUCUUCAGGGUCAAAUCAAUAAAAGAAACU